CUUGGGUUUGCCAGAGAGUUCACUUUCUAUAAUUAAUCAAAACCCAAUUUAGAAACCCCAUGGGCUCUUUAUCAAAGGAACUAGGGCGAUGCUAACUUCCGUCAUAGCCUACAGAAAUACGUCAUCCCUGCCGUUCUCGUGACACAAGGAAAGAGAGAGCCUAUAUCGUCAGUUAUUGUCUUCAUAUUAUUUGUGGAUGGCAGCUGUGUAGAAUUUGGUCACUGUAAAGUCAAAAAGAUGCAAGGGUCGGUCUCCAGCUUUAAUUAAAGCAGUUACAUUUUAUUUUGUUUGUGUACAAUGUUAGAAAAUAAUGAGAAAUGCAGGUUCCUUUAGCUCAAGGUGAAGCCAUCAAGCGCUUGCUUUGUCCAAACAACACCUCAAAACCCCAAGGACGUUCAGUUCACUGUCAUGUUAGAGUGAAGCAGUCUUCACAUUCAACAGGCUGGGAGCAGCUGUUUCUUUGAAAAAUGAAUUAAACAUCAUAACUGAAUUCACUUUCUGUAAAGUGAGUGAUCAGUGUAAAGGCUAAUUGUUCCAGCUCAAUCUGUAUUUAAAUUGUGUGAGCACCGGACGUCCUGGUAGCCUGUAGAGUAAGGAUCCAUACCACUCGCUUAGUUAGACAUAACCAAAAUAGUAAGUAACCAAAAUAGAACGUCUGUCCAGCUUUGAGCAUCGGGCAUGUUUCAACAUUUUCUUACAUUUCUCUGGUAAAUGAGGCUUGGAUCUUGACGACUGGGUCAGUUCAACUAGUUGAUAUCUAUGAAUAUGUACAAUUUGAUGUGGAUCCUGUCCCUUAUUCUUCCACAACAUGUUGGAGAUGAUGAUUCCGUCUGCAUUGUUUUGUUGUACUCGUGGUUGGUUGAUCUUAAAUUAUAAUCAAGCAGUAAUGGGUGGUUCAGAUUGAUACAGAGCUAUUGAGUUCGAUAUUGGAUUAGGCUCGAUUGAAUUAAAUCAAAUUAAAUUGCUCUUUUGGGCCUUGGCGAUGGUAUGCAGUCUACUCGGGUCCCGUUCCAGUCAUCCCAUUAGUCAUUUCAUCUAACGGUAGUGACAAAUGGCUAUCAUAAUUACCUAAAACCCAAGAUGACAUCCUCUUAUAGACUGUUUUGUGCAUCCAGGACCACAAAAUACGCAAUCGAGGGAAAGUAAAAAAAUCUUCACAAUCCGUAAAGAAGCUUCAGCUACAAUGUUUUGCUGUUUUGUUCAGAAAUGUGACAAAAAUCCAACCACCAGAAUGCCUGCCAGUUAAUCUGGACCUCACAUACAUGAAGUCACUGCACACAGUCGACACAUUAUGAUUAUUUCUCACCACUUUGUCCUGACAUUUUACAAGAUGUUAUGUUAUAACAUGAGUUAUUGCCUUGAGUUUGGAACAACAGUGUGAGAGUGGCGUGUUUGACAUUAGCUAUGCUGCAUUUCUGGAAAUUAUUGUUUUUUCUCUAGUCUUAUCAGUGUAGAGACCCCUGGAGGUCUCCAUGUCCCGAGACAGCUCAGAUCAAAUCCCCCCUUCUUUUUUUCUUUCUUUUCUGAUUUCAUAAUGUAUUCUUAACAAACACAGCUUGAGAGCUGCACAGGCUACCCUCUCUCUCCCCCUCUCUCUCUGUCUCCUGUCUCCAUGCUCUCUCUAUCAGCUGGGUUUUAUUCUCAGCGGACACUGAUGCACACAACAUAACAAGGCCUUUCUCCCUUUUCCCCUCCUCUCUCUCUCUCUCUCUCUCUCUCCAGGUUCUCUCCUCCAUCCCGUCUCCCCUCCUCUGCUCUGCACCUGCUCCUCCCCUCCUGCCUUAUUAUCCUCAGACUCAGAGCAGCGCUCCGUCCUCGCCAAGUGAUGCUCCUCGGCGGCGCACAUCGGUGGGUUCUCACCGCCCGCUGCAGGGGACACUGCUCCGGCUUGUUUUUUUCUCCUCUGGAAACCGGCACUGAAGGGGCGACAGAACAUGGGAAUUUAACGGGGGCUUUUUGAGAGAGUGCGCUGGAGGAGGGAAGGACGACGAAGAAGCACUUAAGUCCCAUCCGAGAGAAGAAGAAGAGCAGGAGCAGGAGGAGGAGGAGGAGGAGGGGAACUCCGGGGAAACGGUCCCGCCGGGACGGGGGGACGCAGCGGAGGGUUUUGUGCUUGAUAUAGUUUGAAAUGGACUCAAGAGGUCCGCUUUUGUUGUUUGUUUGUGAGGAGCAACAUCGCGGGAUUUAAAGGAAGGGGGUUCCCGGAGUCUUUUCUUUUGGCGUGUGUGUGAUGGAGUGAGUGAGAGAAGAGGGCGCACGGUAACUUCAGCCUCGCCAUGAAAUCAGUGUUUUUCAGCCGCUUCUUCAUCCUGCUGCCCUGGGUCCUUAUUGUCAUCAUCAUGAUCGAUAUCGACAGUAAAAGAACGAUCCGGGCUCCGGCAGCCGCUCGGGCCGGCAGGGCGCAGCGGGCGGCCCGGACCGGCGCACCGGGAGCCGGUGGCACCCAGAACCAGACCGCCCUGCCGGUCAUCUACGCCAUCACUCCGACUUACACCCGUCCGGUGCAGAAAGCGGAGCUGACCCGUCUGGCCCACGCCUUCCGCCAGGUGCCCCGCUUCCACUGGAUCGUAGUGGAGGACUCGACGACGCGCACGGAGCUGGUGGCGCGCUUCCUGGCCAAGUGCGGGGUGCCGUACACACACCUGCAUGUGUUCACUCCCCGCAGGUUCAAGCGCGCCGGGAUGCCACGCGCCACCGAACAGAGGAAUGUGGCUCUCGCGUGGCUCCGGCAGCACCGGAGCAGGCGGGACGCCGGGGUGGUUUUCUUCGCGGAUGACGACAACACGUACAGCCUGGAGCUGUUUGAAGAGAUGCGCAGUACGCGAGGUGUGUCUGUUUGGCCUGUGGGAUUUGUAGGCGGCAGGGCGUAUGAGCGCCCCCUAGUGUCCGGAGGUAAAGUUGUCGGCUGGUACACCGGCUGGAGACCGGACCGACCGUUCGCCACUGACAUGGCAGGCUUCGCAGUGAACCUCCAGGUGAUCCUGGCCAACCCGCGGGCGCAGUUCAAGAGGCGCGGCUCCCAGCCGGGGAUGCAGGAGUCGGACUUCCUCAAGCAGAUCACCAAGGUCACCGAGUUGGAGCCUAAGGCCAACAAUUGCACCCGGGUGCUGGUUUGGCACACUCGCACAGAGAAACCACACCUUGCAAAUGAGCCCAAACAUCGGAAAGACACUGUGGUGAUCGAGGUGUGAAAAGAAGGGAGCUGAGCAGCGGAUCCUAAAGCCAGAAGCUGAUUGUGGCUGGCCAUCAUCUCUUGGCUGGGACUAACGGCAGCCUCCUGCUUUCUCUCUUUAUCGGGCUAAUACAAUCUGUUCACAGCGAACACAGACUCUGAGGAGCUGCAUGAUUCAAGACUUCUGGCUGUCUGUCAAACGUGCUCUGUGAGGACUGGACAGCACUGAAUAUCUUUGUGUAAUAAACUGGGAUGACUCUGACUGUGUAUUUCCUCCAUCCAUGGCCUGCUGAUGUUAAAAAAAAAAAAAAAGAAAAAAGAAAAAAAGUAUAAAUGUUAAAACAAAAUAUGUUGCAUAUUUGAAAAGUGCCAUGGGAAUCAUCAUUGUCAUUUUUAAUCAUUAAUACGUCAUUGUCAAUUUAACUGUGAUACCUAGAAUUACCAUACAAACCAGACUUGUGGUCCAGGUAACUGCCAACUUCUUAUGACAGCUGUUGUAAGAGGCUGUUUCUUUAAGCAGCAAGGAGAUUUAUACCAAUUUCAUGUCUGUGCAUUUAUGAGGCAGCAUUUAGCAUAAAAGACCGUGAACAGCCAGCCUGGCCCUCACCGAGAAUAUGCCUGCCAGCACCAGUACACAUUAACACAAUUUUUCUGAUUAAUUUUACUUGCUAGCCUACUUCAACAGCUGUGCACAGCGACAGUGAGCUAGCAUACAACUAGAUACAAUGUGUUAAUAACAAGUGUGGCAAAUUGUAAGAUAUGACCAGAGUUUUCAAUUUAAAAUGUUAAAAAAAAUUAGCUAACUUAUCAGCUGAAUGUGAAGAAAACAACAGUGCUGAUGUUAUGUCGAAGUCGUCUAUGUGCUGUGUUGCUAACCAGCUAGCCCUGCCCGUCCUGUCUCGCAAUAUCACUUGUGUCGGGUGUCUCUCUUUAACUGGACUUACACAAGCUUAACUGCCUUUUAAGAUUAUGGUAAAAAACAAUUCAGUUAAACUCACCAGAACUGGGCCUAAAAGGCCCCACCUGCUGGAGUCACAGUCCUGGACUGGCUAUUUGAGCUGACUUGCUAACGGCGGCUAGUAGCUACAGCCAGAGAUAGCUAACGUUUCAGCAAGUAUAGUGAGCGGGCAUCGUCCUGAACUCUGGUGAUAUGCUGCACCUUGUAUUUUUGGAGCUACCAUAGAAAGGUGGCCAUAUCUUACAAGCUACACUUUUAAAGGUGUUGGUACAUGUAUUUCUGAGCUUCAGAGAGAGCCAAGCUGGUUGUUUCCCCAUGCUAAACCAAGCUACGUUAACCACAACCCAAACUCCAGCUCUGCACUUUCACACAAAAUUGGUAUCUUUUUCUCAUCUUACUGAAAUAUGGCAAGCGUUUCCCAGGACACUGAACUAUUCCAAACAAUACUUCUGACUUCGUUUACAUAUCUCUCACUGAGAGGAUUAAAACGUUGGAAUGGAAAUUUUUUUUGCAUCAGCUUUUCACUCCUUUCUCGUCUGUUAAAAGGUUUCAGGUCUGUUUGUUGAUGACGAAAAGUGCCCUCUUCAUGUUUUCAUGCUGGCUCAUACCUGCAAGAUGCCAAUAAGCAACUAACACAAACAGCUAGACUUUCAAGCUCUGGUCCUCUUUGUUUAAAUGAAUUACAUGUCAGACUUAAUGCGGUAAAGACUUAUUAAUGCAUAAAUGCUCUAUAAUUACAUCAUCUUGAACUGCUCAUAUAUAAUGGACUGGAACGGCCGUUGUCCUGCUCUCAUUCACUAUGUUCAUGAAGUGUGUGAUCAGGUUUGAAAAUGGCCCACGUGAAGUCGCAAGUAACAUCUCUCGUGACAAGCUGCCGUCUUUAAUGUAGUCUUUGGGCUGACAACAAAGAAAACACGCCACACACGUAAACGCACCUGCCAGCGGAGGAAUAAAAAGGAGUGAAUUGAGCAGACAGGGGUGAAAAAGAUAGAGCACAUCAGACAGGCCGCCACGAAUUUCCUUCAGUGCAUGUUAACGGUGGUAUUGUCCCGAAGAUGAAGUUUAGGGUUGGUGUGCGAUGUGAACGUGGGAAAAAAAACAAACAAACAAAAAAAAACAGGAUUAAAUCCAGGAUUCAACAGCCUUUAUUCAAAUGACCCUCUUGUAAAACUUGGAAAUGGGGGGAAAAAAAAGGAGCAAACAAAAGAAACUCCAAAAAAGAUAAAACGGUACUUUUACAGUUAAAGAGUCAUUGGACAGAGAUGAACACAGAAAACUUCCUGUAUAUCGUUUUAAUGCACGGAAAACACUUUCUUUUUUUGUUUUUUUCUCUGUACUAGGCACCAGAAAAUGUAAACACAUCGGAAAUAAACCUGGAGGACAGUAGAUUUAUUGAACAUGAUGAUGUGUUCUUCACACUAACAGCGUGUGUGUGAGAGAGUGCAGCAGUUAUUGCAUGGCAGAGGGACCCUGUGUGUAUACGGACACGAAUCUCUGCAUCGGCGCUUGGCAGUGUGAUCGUAGCUCUGUGUGCACAUGAGUAAGUGUGUGUUCGCUCGUUUCUCCUCUGUUCUCACUCCCACGGAAUGAGGACUGGACGGUGGCGACGGGACCCAUCCAGCAAUUUUUUCAUACAGGUCCCCUUUCGCUAGCACCGUCCACUCCAGUUUAGCCCUGUGAUUGGUCGUCCAGGUUUAUUUGCUUCAGACUAACUGUGCUUCUCUUGUACUGCACACAAUAAAAACACCACAAUAAAAGAUGGCGGAUGGCAGAAACGUACAGUUACAGCGUCAUACAUUAAGGGAGCAACAUUUUUGGGGGGGAUGUCACAUUUAUCCAGUUCUUAAAAGACAGAAAACUGUUAGAAGUGAACUGACGGUUCACUCGUCUCCGCUGUUGCCUGACAACGAUCUGAGAGACGCAACCACAACACAGCGAGAGAUACAGUACCUGCUCUGCUAUUUAAAGUGCAGAAAAAGACAAACCGCUGUGAUUCCAGUAGCGCGAACAUUUGCCUCGGGGAAAUGGUGCGUUUGAACAACAAGGAAUGUCGUAACUGGGUCGAAGCCCAGUCUCCAGCAAACCCGGCUCGUUUGGUUUUUAAAACACUUCAAAACACCACAGCAUGGCUACCAAAGACACCCCGGGGAGCCGGGGGACGCCUGGCAAUUACAGAGACUUAAAGGAGGAGGAGACAUUUGGAGUUUUAGGAUGUUUUUAACCAGCGAGCAGUAUGAGAAACAGGGUAGGAUCAAUUAAUUCCAUUUUUUGAUAAAACCAGAGAUACUGGAUAGCUGGCCAGUGUUGUCACAGCCUGUAUACUGUGUGUUCGUGUAUACUAUCAGUGGUUCCCAACUGCAUUCAACUCUCUUUGCUCCUUUUCAAAGGAACGUCUACUCUCAACUAAAACAGGGAAAUAAACUGAUAACAUUUCAUUUUUGGUGUUUUAUGUUAAAAAUGUUUGCAGCACCGAAUUAUUACAGCAUUCACAAAAAGGAUAUUUUCAGGCUAAGCGCUGAGUAACAGAUAGCUGUCUUGACUUACAGCAGACCCUCACACUGCGACAUGAAUACUGAAGUUUUCAGGACUCAAGAUUCAGACACUGCAUCUACAACAGAGUUGGACUUUAAAUGGACUCCACUCGCUGAUCAAUGCUUCUGGUUUGUGUAUGGUGUUGAGAUACUACGCAUGUUACUAGAGGAGAGGCCGUGGAAGUGUGAUGAAGGAAAAGUGAAAAGUCAUGGCUGCAUGUUUAAUGGGAACCUGUUUCACUCCAAUAUUGUUCAUAUACACAAAUGAACAAUGCUAAAGUUUACUUCGCUGGCGUUUUCAGAUACAUAUUUGAGUGCGCUGCUACUUCUCAAACGGAGGCUGAGAGGAUUCUGAUCACACUGGAAAACAGUGUUGAUCAAAAUGUACGAAUUAAUGAACUGCAAAUUCUGGUACCUGGUUGUUUGGGCCAAUCUAGAUUGUUUAGAAUUUGCAUAAAAAUGGGAUUCUCACAGGCGGUGCACUUAUUUGUAAAUGAUUUGCACAUUUAGGCCUUGAAAUACUGAUGUUUCAGUCUAGUUUUAGUCGUACUGUAUGGUUACUUUUUAGCUGUAUUGCCCGGCCCUACAUGCGAUCCCUCGUCACAGUUUGAAGUGAACCAAGGCCAAAGCCAAGGCUCUCCAUUAUGUCGCUAUACAAAGAAAAAUUCUGGAGAAUUAAUAAAAAAAAAACAAGAUUUUUCUUUCCAUCUUUGAAUACUUCAUGUCUCAUCUUGUGACCCCAGCCGAAGGUUAGGAACCACUGGUGUGUGAGGUCUUUACUGUAGAGCAGCUCUUACACUGACUGCAGGGUGGGGAAAAAAUUACAAGUUACAAGGUUGUAAUGAGACACUGUUUGACUUAAUACUCUGAAUGUUAUAGAAUUCCUUGUGGGAAAAUGGUCAAAUUACAUAACAAUGACUCGCUGAAUCAGUGCAAAGUAACGUCUACUGUUUAAAGCAGCUUUGAGCCUGUGUCAGUCAAAGUUACUUGAAAGGAGAGAGCUGGAGAACCCGAUCUCCAGAUGUUUUCCUUCCAAAGGGUGAUGGAGAGAAAAGCAUCGACCUCUCUCGUAUGGCUCUGCAAAGAGGGAGGUUCACAUCUUAUUCACAUAAAUACAGUACUGUUCAGACGAUUAUCUGCUACGAGGCUCUGCUCGCCCUACGGAGAGGGGAGAGGGAGGGGAGGGAGGGGGAGGGGGAGGGCUACAAUAAACACAGCAGAGAGAGGAGAGAGGACAGGGUAGCAUAGACCAACCACAAGAUAGCCAUAUCUACUGUAGGUAUUGAAAGACUAUUCACUAACUAUCCAUUUUGGUAAUGAUAUCAUAUCACUAGAAUAGACACUCGGCGUUAUUGGUCCAGCAGUUUUUUCUUGCUGUUGAUUCUGCUGUUUUGGUUUUUUUGUCUCUUUCUUCAGACAACAACGACUAAAGGAAAUCAAAAAUGAGGCAGAAGGAUGAACAAAGACUGGAAACGACAGCUGCCAGUCUUUCUUUUUCUUCCACUCCAUCCAGUGUGAUGUCAUCUUGUUUUGUUUUGUUUUUUUCUUAAAGGAACCAUGGUGAAGGUGUGUCAGGUUUGGAAGGGGCAGUCAGACUACCCCCGCUGUGCGUUGUUUAUGCUGAGGAGGUGGGUGGCGGGUCGUUUUUUAUUUAUUUUUUUUU